AACAUACUAUUUGUGUGUCAUAAUGGCAAAAGGAAAGCAUUUUCUGAAAGUUUUAAAUAAGCGAUUCCUAAUUAUUUUCGUAUGUGUUUUGAUUGUGUUCACGGAUGCAUAUGCACAGAAAAAUGAAACAAAUACAAUUUCAAAAAGAAUGUUUGGUGCUACCCUGGCCCACAUUAAUGACUAUCCGUUUAUGGUGGCUAUUUUCGAGAAAUAUUAUUGGAAUAUAUCCCCUCCACAUCAUAUAGGAUCUUGCACGUUGAUAACAAGUAGAACAUUACUAGGAGCUGCUCACGUGACGCAUAAAAUUCCAGUUGGUGCUCUGUUUGGAAGAAUAGGAAGUGCUAACAAGUAUACGGGAAAAAUAAUACAGUUUUCAAAGAUAAUUGAACAUCCAGAAUUUGAUAAAGAGAAAAUGAGAAAUGAUAUUGCUCUGAUAAUAUUAGAAAAUGAUAUUGCUGACUUAUGUCUAACUCAACCAGAACCGGUACCAAUCGCUAUACCACUUCAAGAUAAAACGCUUUAUUCAAAAACUGCAAUUGCCGUCGGAUGGGGAGACGUCGGUAAGUACAACAAUCAUUGAACAUAAUAUUUUGAAUCGCGAGAACCCAAUGGUCUCUCAAGAAUGCAACUGAGAUGGAGUGUCAAUUGGUAGAAGGA